UUCCAUUUUCAUUUGAAACUUGAAAGUGUUUCUUGCUGGAAGAGCUGGAUAGUGGAUACGCUAUAGAUUCAACGAAGCUACCUGGUUCUCCUUUGCUAUGCCAAACUGAACAGCAAAAUUGUCUCUAGUACGAUGAUGGGGUACGAGGUUUGCACCUCAAUCUUCAACACCACCAGCACCACUCCCACCCUUAUCCCUUUCAAUGAUAAUCUCUCCCCAGCUUGCCACGUCACCCCUUCUCCCUCUUCUGCUUCCAAGUCUUCACUUUUCUUUACAAAACACCAAAGAACAAAACUUUUCCCCCAGAAUUUCAAACCCCAUAUCCUCCUAUGCGCCUCUCUACCCAGUCCACAAGCUAGCAGCGCGUCGACAGCUCAAGUGGAGGAGCAAGAGGAGGUUGAAAUUGCAAAGGGAUACACUAUGACUCAGUUUUGUGACAAAAUCAUAGAUUUAUUCUUGAAUGAGAAGACCAAAUCAAAGGAAUGGAGGAAGUAUUUGGUAUUCAGGGAGGAAUGGAACAAAUACAGGGACAACUUCUACAACAGGUGCCAAAAAAGGGCAGACAUGGAGAAAGACCCAACCAUGAAACAAAAACUCGUUUCAUUGGGGAGAAGGGUGAAGAAGAUUGAUGAUGAAAUGGAAGGACACUGUGACCUUCUCAAGGAGAUACAAGAUAGCCCAACUGACAUUAAUGCCAUAGUCACUCGAAGGAGGAAAGACUUUACAGGAGAAUUCUUCCGCUACCUUAAUCUCAUUGCAGACACAUUCAAUGGCUUGGAGGAUCGUGAUGCUAUUGCGAGACUCGGGACAAGAUGCUUGUCGGCUGUCAGUGUGUAUGAUAAUACUCUGGAGAAUGUCGAGACGUUAGAUGAUGCACAGGCUAAGUUUGAUGAUAUCCUUGAUUCUCCUUCUAUUGAUGUAGCUUGUGAGAAGAUCAAAAGCCUUGCGAAGGCAAAGGACCUUGAUUCUUCAUUGAUAUUGUUGAUCAAUGGUGCUUGGGCUAAAGCAAAAGAAUCUACCACAAUGAAGGAAGAGGUGAAAGAUAUAAUGUACCAAUUGUACAAGGCCACAAAAAGCAGCUUAAGGAGUAUUACUCCAAAAGAAAUCAAGCUACUUAAGCAUCUGUUGAACAUCACAGACCCCGAGGAGCGAUUUUCUGCAUUGGCAACGGCCUUCUCUCCCGGCGAUGAACAUGAAGUCAAGAUCCCUGAUGCUCUAUACACUACCCCAAAGGAGCUGCACAAGUGGAUAAAGAUCAUGCUUGAUGCAUAUAAUCUGAACAAGGAAGAAGCAGAUUUUAGGGAAGCAAGGCAAUUGAAUCAGCCAAUAGUUAUGCGGAGGUUGCUUAUUCUGAAGGAGACUAUUGAAGAGGAAUAUCUGGCAAAACCCCCCAUUGAGAAGGCUGAGCCAAUAGAGGAGUCUAAAUUAGAUGAGUUUUAAGGCACUAGCAAGUUGAAGCAGAGAAAAGGAUUAAAUGUGAGGGAAAAAUGAUUUGUAGACUUUAGGAUACUGUAUGUGUUAAAAUUUAGGAGAAUUGUAUUAUUAAUCCAUGUUUUCAUGGCAUAAUUUUGGAUAGUAUUUCUUUUAGGUGCAAAUUAAUAAAGCAUCUCUCUAGCUACCUAUUUGUAUA